UCAACCACACCACGACGUCCCUCCUCCCCUCCACGAUCAAAUUGUGCCAAGCUAAGGAUAGGAUAGGAUAGGAUGGUUUGCAUCGCACUCCUUUGGGCGUUCCUCCUCUUUCCAUGUGUAGCACCUGUCGCGUGCCUCCCCUCCACGAUCGAAAUAAGCCCGACGGCAGCGCGGGUGCUACUCCCCUGGGGCUUGUCCAGCAGUGCAAGCGUGGGCUCGAGCCUCGCGCUCUGCCCCAGCCUCCCAGCCACUCCGGCAAUCGGUAAGCCUCCUCUCUCGCCCCGUCCGCGACCUCCAUUGGCAAGACUUGGAGCCCUGCGGCCGCGGACAGCUGUCCGGCCCUGGUCUACGUUUUUCUGGGCAGGAAUCGGAGCGUCAUGGAGGAUCCAUCCAACUCGAUCUGGGCGGCAACUCCCAGUGCCAGAGACAUGGAGGAACCAUCCAACCACCAUGCCCGAUGGAUCCUCAGCAGCAAGUCCGCAUCCCCGCAGAGAUCUCGUGAAUCCGAGCCUGAAGUCUCUGACAGAAGCGAAGCUCCUUUCCAGAGCAAACCUCCCUCACACUAUGUGCAGCUGUGGUGAACGUGUUUUGCUCAUGUUUGAAUUACAUCUCUUCAUGCUUGCCGAUGUUCAUGUAACGACUUUACAUUUUAGUGACUUCAGGCGAUUCAUGUAGAUUCUGUUGCAUGCACCAUUACCAUGCCUUGGGAGUACUACCUCAUCCGGGUUUAUUAGGUCCCUAGUAUUUUGAGCCAAAUUUUCAUCAUUCAUAUGACUAACAAAAUAUAGAUUCUAUGCUACAAAAAGUACACUAUUGGAUUGGAUUUGUAUUUGAAAGAGCUUUUCGAAGGCAUAAUUUUUAUGACAUAUAGUUUACAUUUUAUUAGUUAAAUUUGUUGAUUAAACUUUAGCCCAAAAUGAGAGGAGGUCUAAUAAAUCCGGACGGAUGUACUCCCUCCGUUCCAAAAUAGAUGACUCAACUUUGUACUAAUUUUGCUACAAAGUUAGUACAAAGUUGGGUCAUCUAUUUUGGAACGGAGGGAAUAGUAUUUUUGUUAGUGGUGCAUUCCCAAGAUUUCUGUUCCAUUUUGCUCUAGUUACUUAGGUCUACAUUGUGAACGCGAAAUUGAUAUGCAAAGCCCGUCUAGCUCAGUUGGUAGAGCGCAAGGCUCUUAACCUUGUGGUCGUGGGUUUGAGCCCCACAGUGGGUGCUUCCAUAUAUUUUUUUUGGAAAACUACCAUCAUUCAGCCUGAAGUUUCUGAUUCUGACAGAAACGAACCUCCUUUCCAGAACAAACACCACUGCUAAUCCCGCCAUGUCAACCAUGGUGAACGAGGUCAGGAGCUACCUGACCCGAGAUCGAGAGAUCUUGUGUGCUACGGGCUACCCAUGCCCGUGGUCAGAGCGGGUUCGAGCCAUGUGAGCUCACUGUCCGUGCCAUCAUUUAGUUGCUGAUGUUUGUGUUCGAACUAAGGUUCGAAACAUGUGAGGUCAUGUUCGCAACUGAAAAUGUCUUCAUGCUUGCGGAUGUUCGUGUAACUUUGGUGCUUCUGCAAGUUGCUAGAAGCCCGGAAGGAUGCAGAACCGACUUUUACAUUUUAUGGCUGCCUUUCAUAUAAUUUCCGUUGCAUGAACCAUUGCCAUGCCUGGAAAAAAAAUUGGUUAGUGCUGCAUUUUUAUGAUGUAACCGUUCCAUUCUGCUGUAGUUGCUCUCUCUUUGAACAUUGAACGUAGAAGCAGCAUGUCAGGCCCGUCUAGCUCAGUUGGUAGAGCGCAAGGCUCUUAACCUUGUGGUCGUGGGUUCGAGCCCCACGGUGGGCGCUUCCAUUCUUUAGUGUUUUUUGCAAAACUACAAUCAUUCAGGCUGAAGUUUCUGAUUCUGACAGAAACGAAGCUCCUUUCCAGAGCAAAAUAUCACUGCUCAUCCCGCCAUGUCAACCAUGCUGAACGAGGUCAGGAGCUACCUUUUUUUUUGAACCGGACAUUACCCCUUUCCAUUACUUUUCAUAACGGAAAUAACAUCAGUUCGACUUGAGAGCUACCUGCCCGAGAUCGAGAGGUCUUGUGUGCUACGGGCUACCGAUGCCCGUGGUCAGAGCAGGUUCGAGCCAUGUGAGCUCACUACUGUCCGUACCAUUGUUUAGUUGCUGAUGUUUGUGUUUGAACUAAGGUUCGAAACAUGUGAGGUCAUGUUUGAACUAAAUCUCUUCAUGCUUUGUGGAUGUUUGUGUAACUUCGGUGCUCUGGAAGUUGCUGGAAUCCCGGAAGGAUGCAGAAGCGACUUUACAUUUUAUGACUGACCUUCAUAUAAUUUCCGUUGCAUAAACCAUUGCCAUGCCUGGAAUGUUUUUUUUUCUGGUUAGUGCUGCAUUUUUAAGAUUGAACUGUUCCAUUCUGCUGUACUUACUCUCUGUGUAAAUUUCGAACGUAGAAGCAGCAGCAUGUCAUGCUCGUCUAGCUCAGUUGGUAGAGCGCAAGGCUCUUAACCUUGUGGUCGUGGGUUCGAGCCCCACGGUGGGCGAUUCACUGUUUUUUCGUACUCUUUUGAAUUUCAGGAAUAGUUUUUUUUUUGCAUCAAAUUUUCAGGAAUAGUUGAGUUAUUUGCUUUCCCUUCUUUGGAUAACUACAAUCAUUUCACUUGUAUUUAGGAACGGAGGGAGUAUAUUUAUCGAGCCGAGGAGCUACCUGACUGGAGAUCGACAGAUUUGUGUGCUAACAGCUAAGGCUUGCCCAAGGUUGAGCCGUGAGCUCGCUUCCUUUCAAAGAGUCCAGGCUUGUACGAGCCUAACCACGACAGUUCCCAAGGACUGUAGCAGCCGCUCGAGAGUCAUUUUCCAAAAAUGUAGCAUCCAAAUUUAAUAUAUAAACCUUGCUGGAGGUUUCUCCCAUUUAACAACCACCUCAUUACUCUGGAGUGGACACUUUGCAAAAUUUGAUGUGAUUGUGUUUAUA